AUCCCAGCAACAAGGCUAAAGUUAAUAAAUUCAUGGGGAAACACAGACAAAGCAAGCAUUUCUCCACGUGGAGAACUUGUCUUAAGCCUUCCCUGUUUCUAUUUUUAGUCAUUAGGCUGUAGGACCUUGACAACAUUUAAACUGUUCAGGAGAGGUUUGCUUCCUGGUGGGGUGGACAAUCCCUGAUGUAGUAAUCCCUCAUUGGAAGCAGCCAGGAUUUAGGAUGGCGUUGAGCUAGGUCUAGCAGGCAGGAUGCUGAACGGGCAAAGCUGCAGGAGACGAAGUGUUUUCGUGCAAAGGGAGUUUUUGCACAUUCACUGUCUACGCUGCGUGUCGCACAGGGUAAGGCUACCGGCUGAAGUAUUCGCGGACCGCCCACCCUGGGUCCCUAGGCGGCCCGGGAGGGCAGCCGCUACAGGUCCCGCAGAGGCCGCCGGAAGCGGUCCCUUCCAAUAAAGCGAUCCCCAGCACUACUUCCGGGGGAGGGGUAACCAUGGCGGCGGCUUUAGCUCGGCUGGGACUGCGGCCGGUCAAGCUGGUUCGAGUUCAGUUCUGCCCGUUUGAGAAGAACGUGGAAUCGACAAGGACCUUUCUCCAGGCGGUGAGCAGCGAGAAAGUCCGUGCCACAAACCUCAACUGCUCUGUGAUCGCCGACGUGAGGCACGACGGCUCCGAACCCUGCGUGGACGUGGUAUUCGGAGAUGGGUAUCGGCUGAUUAUGCGCGGCGCCCACCUCACUGCUCAGGAAAUGUUCACUGCCUUCGCCUCCCACAUUCGGGCCAGGAACGCAGCGGCAGCAUCCGCACCCAGCACAGACAAGCCGGAGUCAGUUACCGGUACCCGGCGCUGACAUUGCAGAAGAGGACAACGACCGAAUGUUAGCUUGGAACUACAGACAGUUGUCUAAGAAGAGCUGGGCUUACCCAAAAGACUCCAUGGACGUCAUGAAACAGACUGACAGUGUGCAAGGAACCCUGACACUUAACAGUGCUUUGGGGGCAAGAUAAGUAAGAUUAGGUGAUGGAGGGUCAGGACAAAUUUGAAUUUUUCUUUCUCUUCCCUCACUGCUUAACCAUAUUUGAACUUGGCGUCAUCUGUCACCCAAAUACCUUUUAAUUAAAUAUUUAUUGCCAAUUGAA